GACUUUUGCGGAGUUUUUCUUGUGGCUGCGGCAUCAGGUGAUUGUCGGAGGGUGAGACGUGGACAAAGAGGGCAGUUUAUCAAAACGAAAAGAAAAUAAUCACGCAUUAUAAAUAUCAUCAUGCAACUGCAAUUGAAAUUAAAGUCCAUUAAGACUUAAAUACGAUGUCGACGUAAGCACAAAGAUUAAAAAACGGAUAUAAAUAUAUCUCCUACUAAAUAAAGAUUAGUAGUAGAAUGAUCAUGAAGACCAUUAUUGUGAUAACUAUUCUCUCACUCGGGACAGCAAUAAAAUUACCGUCAAAUUUCCAAAAAUGUAACCGCAAACAACCUGAUUUGAAAGAGUGUAUUUUGAAAGCUGCUCAACAUGGCACAACUCAACUCACUAGACCUUACAGUGAGUUGAACAUCCCAAACGUGGAUCCUUAUGAGCUGACUGAAAUGAGUUUAUCAGGAGGUGAUGGUCCAGUGGCAGUUGAUCAAAAGUUUACGAACUGUAAAUUUUACGGGCUGCCUCAAAUGAAACUCAAACAGUUUGAAUUCGACUUCGACAAAAAAAAGUUAGAUGUAAAAGGCACCUUCCCAGAAAUUCAGAUGGAGUGUAACUACGAAAUGAAAGGUAGAAUACUCGUGCUGCCUGUAAACGGUCAAGGAGAUAGCACCGUCAUUUUAAAAAAUCUGAAAAUAACCAAUCUCUUCAAGUACCAAGAAAUAAAAAAGAAGAACAAAACUUACAUCAACUUUCUGUCUGGCGAAUUAACUAUGGAUCCAGAAUUAGUCACUUUCAACUUUCGUAAUCGUGUGGAUAGAAGACUUAGCGAUAAUCUAAAUCCUGUACUUAACGAAAAUUGGAAGGAAAUUUUCGACGACGUGAAAAGCAGCUACGCUGAAGUCAUAAACCAGAUCGUUCUAAAUCUGCUAAACAAGUUCUUUUCUAAACUUUCGUUAGAAGAAGCCCUCGACGAUUAAUACCCAAAUGUAUGCAACUCCGAGUAAAUUUUCCCGAUAACAAUUACAUAAUUAUCGUCUCUUUCCCGCUCAUCCUCUCCCUGAAAAUCCCUCGGUAAUCCUAACCUCAAAAUUC